AUGACUCCGGAGGUGAAGAGGGUGGAGGUCCGGAAGUCGGGUCGGGGUCGGGUAUGCACGGAUAUGACAGCUGCAAUGCAAUGCAAGCAUGCAGCUCCUUCAACAGUGGUACCCACACCAAAUAAGCAUGCUAACCGGUCUACUGGUCUAAAAACUGAGGAGAUCAGUACCCCCACCACAUGCCACAUCCAGUGGCUUGCCAACCCUGCAUGGAUGGAUCAGCUGGUAUCCUACUUGCUUGAAAACCCAUCUGUGCAUCUCAAACUAUGUGGAGAUUCUUCCCAGACGGUGAAGGCAGAGAGCCAGUCAAGGGUUUCUACUGGUGAGAAGAAGGACUACUGGGCUAUCAUUGCCAAGUCUAUUUGGGAUCAGGAUGACAAGCCUGAACAUGCUUUUUAUAUCAAGGACUUAGCCCACUAUACCACUGCAAUUCAAGGGCAGAUCAGUUGGCUUGAAACACAGUACAACUACCUUAAGUUUCUGAAGGAAACAGGCCAGGGUGUUAAGACAGAUGAGGAAAUUGAAGAAAUCCAUGCAAAUAAAAUGGUGGAGAUACACUCGAAGUUCCCUUGGUUUGAUGAUUUGGAUGGAAUUUGGUCCACACUGUAG